AUGUUUGUCAAAUCCGAGACCGCGGAGCUGAAGGAGGAGGAGGACGUGUUGGUGCUGCUCGGCUCAGCCUCCCCAGCCUCCGCCACUCUGACCCCGCUGUCCUCCAGCGCCGGCGAGGAGGAAGAGGAGGAGGAGGACGACGAGGAGCCGGGCGCCCCGGGCAGGGCGCGGGGCAAACUCGGAGCUGAGGCCGGGCCGGGGGCGCGGGGCAGGGCCAUCGCGGGGGCCGGGCUUUGUCGUCCCACCCAAUUAUUGGGCCUGGUCCAUGAGUGCAAACGGCGUCCGUCUCGAGCUCGCGCCGUCACCCGCGGGGCCAAAACGGCCGAGACGGUGCAGCGCAUCAAGAAGAGCCGGAGGUUAAAAGCCAACAACCGCGAGCGCAACCGCAUGCACAACCUGAACGCGGCGCUGGACGCGCUGCGCGAGGUCCUGCCCACCUUCCCCGAAGACGCCAAGCUCACCAAGAUCGAGACCCUGCGCUUCGCCCACAACUACAUCUGGGCUCUCACCGAGACCCUGCGACUGGCCGACCACUGCGGGGCCGGCGCCCUCUCCUUCUCCGAGGCGGUGCUGCUGAGCCCCGGGGGCGCCGGCGGGGACAGCCCUUCGCCCGCUCCCACGUGGAGCUGUAGCCACAGUCCCGCGUCGCUGGCUUCGCCGUCCUCGUCGUCGUCGCCCACCUCCUCCAGCUCCACGUCCCCGUACAGCUGCACUUUAUCGCCCGCCAGCCCCGCAGGCUCCGACAUGGACUACUGGCCAACUCCACCUCUCCCCUUCCCCUAG